AUGGAUCGCACAUUGAAGCGUGGACGCGAUGAUGGUGCCGACAGUAAGAACGACAACCUGAGCAGCUUGACUAGGCCUAUCAGUCCACCGGGCAAGAAGCAGCGCGCUGCUUCAGAGGUAACGACAGCAUCAGAGGCGAGCGAGGAUGGAACCAAGCUAUAUGGGAGGGAUCCAGAAGGCAUCAGGGGGGGCUCAAGGACCAUCGCCAGUGACGGUGCAUCGCAGGGAGUUGAGAGUACUGCUGUCGCUUCACCUUGGCAACUCACUUGGAUUCGUGACUUGCCAGAGGACCUGAAUCGUGAUGCAGUCACCUUGAGGGACCUUUUGGGUGAUCCGCUGAUCUCUGAUUGCUGGGAGUUCAACUUCCUACACGACAUUGACUUUCUGAUGGACGCCUUUGAUCCCGACAUACGACAUUUGGUCAAUGUGCAUGUCGUUCACGGUUUCUGGAAGCAGGAGGAUCCCAGCCGCCUGCGACUGUCGCCCUCAUUGCCCCUUGCACCGCAGCCAACCCAGUUACGUCCCGAGUGCCCAGACAAUCAUCCGCUCGGCAGUGGAGAGCGCUUCAAGGCCGAUCUAAUGCACUACUUGCGCGCAUACAAUCAACGUCGGAAGGUUUGCAAUGAGCUGGUCGAUCGGCUGUGCAAGCACGACUUUUCGACCAUCAGGGCUGCGUUCAUUGCCAGCGUGCCUGGGCAGCAUCUUGUCCACGAUACGGACCACACGUCGUGGGGCUGGGCUGCACUGCGAAGGAAUUUACGCAAUAUCAAUGCCGUGGAUAGACCAUCCGAGAUCGUCGUCCAGAUAUCCUCCAUAGCCACGCUUGGUGGGAAAGACGACUGGCUGCAAAAAACGCUCUUUGAAUCUCUCAGUAAAACGGCCACGCCCGGUUUGACCAAGCCUCGCUUCCGGGUCGUGUUCCCUACCGCUGACGAGAUCCCAUUGCCGGCAAACGUGCCGCAGCACAAGAGCGGGCGGGCACGAGCUGCACCCCAUAUCAAAACGUAUAUCAGAUACAACGCGCAAGGGACGAUUGACUGGGCGCUCCUCACGUCGGCGAAUCUAUCGAAGCAGGCAUGGGGCGAUGCUGAGAGGAAUGGGAUCGCGCGGAUCUCUUCGUGGGAAGUCGGCGUACUUGUGUGGCCCGAUCUCGUGGAACAACAAGGCAGUAGGACCAUGGUGCCCUGUCACCAGAAAGACACGCCCGAAUGCAGUGAACCAAGCACAACAACUGCCGGUGGCACGAGGAUCGGCGUGCGAGUGCCGUACGACAUGCCUCUGCAGGCCUAUGGCGACGACGAGACACCGGCCGAGGAACAACACGUCCGCGCCGGACCUGAACUCAAAACCGACGGGGACCAAAGCCAACGUGGGCCGCGAAGCUCACUCUCUGAUCGAGGCUCGCGCAUCUACACCUACAGUCCAACUCGCAUAGCCUCCGCUGCCAUGGGCCGAGAUCGCACGGGCUCAUCCGGCAGCAAUGCCAACCGCCACAUCCUCUCGUCGUCCUUCCGCGCCUCCUCCCCCCUCGCCGAACAGUAUCUUGCCGCGGAUCUCGCCAACUGCUCCUCCGACUCCGAGGAACAGGACGGCUCCGCCAUUGACGACGACGAGGAUGACGACCUCCUGGACUCGGAAUAUCACGAUGCUCAGCAUCACUUCAUGUACAGGCGCGCCAGUGGCGUGGCAUACGGCGGCACGCGGCCCGUCCUCAACAUCCAGGAGGAGCCAGCGCCGCCGUUGACGGCCAUCGAGCAGAAGAUCUCGCGCGACGCAGAGCGCAGCAUCCUGCGGGACAACCACGUCCUCCCGCCCAAGCACCGAAACCAGCCGCAGUCCCAGAACCCCGUGGCCCGCAUGUACCGCUACCUCUUUAGCACCAAGCUGCCCGUCGACGAGGAGGCCCCCGUGCCCGCGCGACCCCGCGAGACCGACCCUCUGCUCGGGGCACCGACCCCCUCGACGGACGACAACGCCCUGGACUAUGCGUGGGAGGCAGCCGUCGCCUCGGGCAAGCUCAAGACGACGUGGCAGCGCGAGACCAAGACGCUGGCCGAGUACUCGGCCCCGUUGACCAUCACCUUUUUCCUGCAGUACUCGAUCAACGUGGCCAGCAUCUUCGCCGUCGGGCGUCUCGGCAAGUCGGAACUCGGCGCCGUCUCGGUGGCCAACAUGACCGUGGCCAUCUCCUGCCUAGCCCCCUUUCAGGGCCUCGCCACGUCCCUCGACACGCUCUGCGCGCAGGCCUACGGCUCCGGCCACAAGCACCUCGUCGGCCUGCAGUGCCAGCGCAUGGCCUGCUUCCUCUUCACCCUCAUGCUCCCCGUCGCCCUCCUCUGGACCUUCUCGACCGAGAUCCUCAUGAAGCUGAUCCCCGAGCCCGAAUCCGCCCGCCUGGCCGGCCUGUACCUCAAGGUCAUGAUCGCCGCCAUCCCGGGCAUCAUCCUCUUUGAAUGCGGGAAGCGCUUCACGCAGGCCCAGGGCCUGUUCCGUGCCACCACCCACGUGGCCAUGAUCGCCGCCCCGCUCAACGUCCUGCUGCUCUGGCUCUUUGUCUGGAAGCUGGACAUGGGCUUCAUCGGGGCGCCCAUCUCCGUCGCCAUUGUCGAAAACGUCCUGCCGCUGCUGCUCUUCCUCUGGGUGCGCUUCGUCGACGGCCGCCAGUGCUGGGGCGGCUUCACCCGGCGCGCGCUCCAGAACUGGUGGGUCAUGGUCCGUCUGGCGCUGCCCGGCAUGAUCAUGGUCGAGGCCGAGUGGAUGGCCUUUGAGAUCAUGACCCUGCUCGCCAGCCGCUUUGGGUCCGAGUACCUUGCGGCCCAGAGUGCCGUCGCGACACUCGGUACGAUUGCCUACCAGCUUCCCUUCCCCGUGUCGAUUGCCGCGUCGACCCGCAUCGCCAAUCUGAUCGGUGCCGGCAUGGUCGACUCUGCCAAGACAGCCGGCAAAGUGGCUGUCUGGGCCCUUGUCCUCAUUGGACUCUUCAACUUCACCGUCUUCUACCUGCUUCGCUACAAGCUCCCUCUCCUUUUCACAUCCGACGCCGAGGUCGUUGACCUCUGUGCGCGCGUCCUCCCUGUCGUUGCUUUCAUGCAGGUUGUCGACGGCCUCUCUGCUGGUGCCCACGGUCUGCUGCGUGGCAUCGGCAAGCAGGCCAUCGGCGGUCCUGCCAACCUCAUCGCGUACUACGGCAUCAGUCUGCCGAUUUCCUUGGGUCUGGCGUUUGGUCUUGAUUGGAGGUUAGAAGGUCUCUGGGUGGGCGUCUCUAUUGGACUGGUGGCGGUCUCCUUGAUUGAAUAUCUAUACUUAUACCUGACGAGUUGGGACGCGGCCGCGGCAGAAGCGGAAGUCAGAAACAACGCUGGCUAA